AUGAGUGCACAAGCUCUGACGGCUGAUACUGCACCUGGACUGCAAUCAUCUUCUAAUGCAUUUCCCUCCUCACAACAAUCACAACAAUCACAACAACCAUCUAUAGAGAAAAAGGAAAUAGUACCAAGAGAUGUCCGAUUACUUCAUUUGAUAUUUGCUACUCAAGGUAUUCAAAAUUAUCAAGAUCAUGUACCGUUACAAUUGAUGGAUUUUGCUCAUAGGUAUACAAAAUCUAUCUUGAAAGAUGCCUUAAUAUAUAAUGAUCAUGCAAAACCUGCCACUAACAAUAAUAUCAAUUCAAAUACAAAUACAACAGUUAAUACAGAUGACAUAAGGUUGGCCAUAGCUGCAAGAAGUAAUUAUCAAUUUAAACCUGUACCCCCAAAAGAGUUAUUGCUAGAACUAGCUCAAGAAAGAAAUUCAAAACCUUUACCACCAGUAAUACCGAAGUGGGGAUUAAAUUUACCUCCUGAAAAAUAUUGUCUAACUGCAAAAGAUUGGGAUAGCAUAUAUGAUGAACCAGAUAUUAAUGAGAAAGAAGAAAUAACUGAUCAACAACAAAAGAAGAAAUCGAAAACUAAAUAG